CGCUUUUCCUGCUUUGUGCGUAUGUCAAGAUGGCUGCCUCCAUAUUGAACGUGUUGCUGAGGCGCCUUCCUAGCAUUUCGCCCUUCAGAGGUGCCUACGGAGUUCAGGUUCCCCUCCAGACUCUUUGCACCAAAGCCCCCCCUGAGGACGAUUCUUUGCCCCCAGUUCCUGUUUCCCCUUAUAAGGAUGAACCCUGGAAAUAUCUGGACUCAGAAGAAUACCAGAACCGCUAUGGUUCUCGCCCUGUCUGGGCUGACUACCGUCGCAACCACAAAGGUGGAAUACCCCCACAGCGGACUCGAAAGACAUGUAUUCGUGGAAAUAAAAUUGCUGGGAAUCCCUGCCCCAUCUGCCGGGAUCAGAAGUUGCACGUUGACUUUAGGAACGUGAAGCUCUUGGAACAGUUUGUCUGCGCCCACACGGGUAUCAUCUUCCAUGCUCCAUAUACAGGGGUCUGUAUGAAGCAACACAAGAAGUUGACCCAGGCCAUCCAGAAAGCCAGGGAUCAUGGUCUCCUCAGUUACCACAUUCCCCAGGUUGAACCCCGGGACCCUGACUUCAGUACCUCUCAUGGAGCUGUGAGUGCCACUCCGCCAGCUCCCACUCUGGUUUCAGGUGACCCCUGGUACCCAUGGUACAGCUGGAAACAGCCACCAGAGAGAGAGCUGUCCCGCCUUCGUCGGCUGUACCAGGGCCAUCUCCGAGAAGAAAGUGGCCCUCCGCCUGAGUCAAUGCCCAAGGCGCCCCUCACAGCCCCAGUUGAAGCCUCCUCCACUGAGCAGGCGGGCCCCCAAACUGCUCUGUAGGAGCUGUAGACUAGGAAGGGAGCCGGAGGGUCCCUUACACAGUAUUUCACCCUGAAGAGCUGUCUACAUUGUGGCCAGUGGCAGGCCCAGGGCCAGAGAAAGGAAAUGAUUGUUGGUGAAAGGGAUAAAUACAUCCGAGGCUGAGGGAGGGCAGUACAGAUGUGUAUCAGAAGCCCCAGCCCCUAUAUGUUGUCAAUAGAUGGGCUAUACAUUCUGCUACUGUUUCAGACCUGUGCCAACUGGGUUUUUCCACAAUAAAGCUGUAUCCUGUC